AGGCUUUACUAAAGCACAACAUUUUUUGUACACAAACAUAGUGGGACUAAUUUAAUCUUAACUACUAGUGCUACUGCUUCAAGACAGGUAGAAGGGAGAGAGAGAGAGAAAGAGAAAGAGAGAGAAUGAAGUUCUUGUUCCAAUGUCCAUGUUGUUCUUGUUUCUGCUUCAUGAAGCCACAGAAAGGCAAACCAAAAGCUAAAGUGGAAGAAGCCAAACCUAAAGAUAAGAAGGUGGAAGAAGCUAAACCUAAGGAAAAGAAGGUGGAAGAAGCCAAACCAAAAGAAAAGAAGGUGGAAGAAGCCAAACCAAAAGAGAAGGAAGAAAGCAAACCAGAAUAAUGAUAGUAGAGGCAAUGGCAAAUGCAGCUAUAUUAUUCUACUAGAAGUAUUGUUCUUCAUUUCCUUUACUGCUUGUUAUAAUUUUUAUGGUGUUUCCAAUUUCCAUCCUUAUGGUGUGCAAUCUUUAACACUUCUUUGGAAAAUGCUAGUACUAUUUCUCCUCCUAAUGUAUUUUUAUAAGAAAAUAAUUGCACUUUAUUCACUCCGAAAGGCAAAAGUAGUACUUUUGUUGCUUGAAGGGUGCUCGUACUUGAGCAACUCACUCUUGUCUACUUGUGUUGCUUGGAUUCUUAAAAAAUAUCACUCCUAACUUUUGGAGGAUCCUACACACAA